CGCUUGCGCGUUGUUUCCGGGUCAGAGGUCAGACGGUCGAGCGCUGCGCGGGUCAUGGUGCAGCUCCGGCCGCGCGCGUCCCGCGUCCCGGUCUCGGCGAUGGUGGACGAGGGCCAGCCCGCCUCCGAGGAGGAGGAGGAGGCGGCGGAGCACGGCCUGUUGCUCGGGCAGCCCAGCAGCGGCGCGGCCGCGGAGCCGCUGGAGGAAGAAGACGGGGAAGGGGACGACGAGUUUGACGACGAGGCCCCGGAGGAGCUGACUUUCGCCAGCGCCCAGGCGGAAGCACGAGAAGAGGAGCGGCGGGUUCGGGAGUCGGUGCGCAGGGAUAAAACGCUCCUGAAGGAGAAGAGGAAGCGACGGGAGGAGCUGUUCAUCGAACAAAAGAAAAGAAAACUCCUUCCAGAUAACAUCCUAGAGAAGUUAACUACAGCUGGACAGACUCGCAUAAAAAAAUCAUCAGGAAAGCUGAAAGAAGCUACUUUGCAGAAGAAAAAGGAAGAAUAUGAAAAAGGAAGUGUUUCUAAGAACGCUAAAGAAAAGGUACAAAAAGUACAGUCUGUCGGCCAGAAUAAAAGCUACUGGGCUCUAAGGCUAAAAGAUCAAGAUCUGAGAGAUUCAAGGCAGGAAGCCGCGAAGGCUUUUAUACAGAAUUCUUUGUAUGGUCCAGGAACCAACAGAACUACUGUAAAUAAGUUCCUGUCUCUUGAAAAUAAGAGGUUACCAGUGAAAAAGGCUGCAGCCCAGUUUCUGAAUAGUGCUUGGGGAACCCAGAAAAAACAAAAUGCAAAGAGGUUUAAAAGACGGUGGAUGGUCAGAAAGAUGAAAACUUCUAAGAAGUAAAGCUAAAUGAAGAAUGAGAACUUGUAUGUACUUGUAUGUAUAGUACUUAAGUUACGUGGUUUAGAGGAUUAGUUUUUCUGAAAAUCUAAUAAAUCGUUUACAAAUGGU